ACAUUUCUCUGGUAGACCGCUUCAGUGUACUGAAGCUCAAUGUAAUGUAGAGUAACCUAACCUGUAGCGUAGCCUUAGCUCACUACACUUUCAAGGUAACUUUCCCAACGCUGAUAACACACUGCAAUAUACACACAAGUAUUUAUCUUGUUUAUUCGGGGCUUGCACGGUCAUACUCAUCUUUAAUCCUAAUCCCCUUGCAACUUGUUGUUUUGAUUAAGUGGUCACAGGGGAUUGUCGUCCAAGACACUCGCCUGUAUACUAGACGUCUGCAUGCCCAGGUCAGAGACAGACACAGAGAGCUGUUGUGUGUUUUAAAUACUUGUAAACAAAGGAAGUACCGGUUAAGAGACAAUAAAGCAAUAGGUAUAUUUGUGCCGGAAGCAGUUGUGUUAUUAGUGGUGGAAAUUAUGCAAAGGACAACGGCAAACUUUGUAGGAUGUGGAGGAGCUGCUGGGAAUCAACACUUUAACUAGAUACCACCACAGGUCAUGGGGUGUGGGAUGGGAAAGGCAGCAGCAUCUCUGGGAAAGAAGAGGGAAAGAGAACAUAUCUCCGUUCCAGCUGCGACCGCCAUGAGGGCAGCACUUCUGAUCCAGCGCUGGUACCGCCAGUACGUAGCCCGGCUGGAGAUGAGACGCAGGUGCACCUGGAACAUCUUCCAGUCCAUCGAGUACGCAGGAGAACAGGAUCAGAUCAAGCUCUACAAUUUCUUCGGCUACCUGAUGGAACACUUCACUCCAGCCAGUAGUGAGAGAAGUCUCAUCUCUCAUAUAUUCCGCGAGAACGACGUGGUCCAUGACACGGAAUGGGAGAGGUACUUCUGCUACAAGAGCAUCGAGGUAUCCCACGGUUACCACGGGCCCCACCUCACCUUCCCCAUGACCUUCUGUGAGGCGUCCAAACUGGUGGAGGCCUUCAAGCACAAGCAGCUGCUUCAUUCCCGGUACGUCCUGCAGCUUCUCGGAGAGGCUUGGAAGCUCCUGAGAAUCCUACCCAACAUUAAUCACGUCUCCACCUGCCACUCAAAGGAGAUCACUAUAUGUGGUGACUUGCACGGGCAAUUAGAAGAUCUGUUAUUAGUAUUUUAUAAGAACGGCCUGCCUUCCUCGGAGAAGCCCUAUGUUUUCAACGGAGACUUUGUGGACCGUGGCAAGAGUUCCAUGGAGAUCCUCCUCAUUCUGUUUGCCUUCCUGCUGGUGUACCCCAACGGGGUCCACCUCAACAGGGGGAACCACGAGGACCACAUUGUUAACCUGAGAUAUGGAUUCACCAAAGAAGUGCUUGGAAAAUAUAGGGUUCACGGCAAAAAGAUCUUGAAGCUUCUGCAGAAGAUGUUCAGCUGGCUCCCCCUGGCCACGGUGAUCGAUGGCAAGGUGCUGGUGGUCCACGGGGGGAUUUCUGAUACCACGGACCUCAACGUCAUCGCCAGGAUGGAAAGACACAAGUACGUGUCCGCGCUUCGGCCGCCCAAGAGUAGUCGCCGGUCGGCCGGCGGUAACAGGAGAGCUCCCUGCUGCACCGAGGGAGGCGAGGAGAGGAACCACCACGGGACGGGGGCCCGGGCCCCGGCCCCGGGCCCCGGAUCCAGGCACGCCGCCCAACGGCGCUCCCUCCACUCCGGCUCGGCGGUGGAGGAGGAGCUGAGGCAGAGGCGGCAGCAGGCCGGUCUCAGCCAGUCCCUCCAGGAGCUGCGGAGGCUGGUGUCCUCCUCUUCCUCCUCGGACGAAGACGACGAUGACGCUGAUGACGACGGCGGCUCGGACCCGCAGCCCCGGACCCCAGAACGGGACGAGUGGAAACAGAUGGUGGACCUCCUGUGGAGCGACCCCAUGGCCCAGGACGGCUGCCAACCCAACCAGGUGCGGGGCGGGGGCUGCUACUGGGGGCCCGACGUCACAGAGGAGGUGCUGGGGAGACACCACCUCCAGCUGCUCAUCCGCUCCCACGAGUGCAAGCAGGACGGCUACGAGUUCUGCCACAACCGCCGGGUGCUGACGUUAUUCUCAGCGUCCAACUACUACGAGGUGGGCAGCAACCGGGGCGCCUACGUCCGCAUGGGGCCCGACCUGGUGCCACACUUCAUCCAGUACCAGUCCAGUCAGACCUGCCGGACCCUCACCCUCAGACAGAGUAUCGGGAGAACAGAGCGGUCGGCCCUCUGCGCUCUGAGGGAGCAGCUGUUUGCCCACAAGUCAGACCUCCUCGGUGCGUUCCAGCACUACGAUCCUGACAACACGGGGGUGAUCUCUCUGAAGCACUGGGCCAGUGCCAUGGAGGGGGUGCUGAAGCUGGGUCUGCCCUGGAGGGUCCUGCGCUCACAGCUGGGCACCAGCACCCAGGACGGCAUGCUGGACUACCGGGAGUGGAUCCAGGACCUGGUCUUCAGCGAGCCCAAACAUGAGCUCUCCAACGCCAGCAUCCUCGAGACCAUGUACAGAAACCACUCCAACCUGGAGACCAUCUUCAGGAUCAUAGACACAGACCACUCAGGAUCGCUGUCAUUCGAGGAGUUCCGGCAGACCUGGAAGCUCCUGAGCGCCCAUCUGAAGACGGAGGUGGACGAUGACGCCAUCGCCGACCUGGCCCUCAGCAUUGACUUCAACAAGGACGGCAGCAUCGACAUUAAUGAGUUCAUGGAGGCCUUUCGCCUGGUGGCCCUCGCUGUCCCCUCAUAGACUAGGGGGGCCCCACCCCCAGUGGGGUAUUUGUAACCCUUCAUGGGCUUACAAAUACAUGUGUAAUAUAUUUUAGCAGUUAAAGCAGUUGCUUAGCUUAGUUGAAGAAUUUUAUGAACUCAAAUUAUUCUUGCACUUUUUUGGAUUGUGUCUCCAUUGUUGAAUGCACUGUAUUGUAUAAUUGUUUGUUUGUCUCUUUUGGACAAAAGCCUAAGCUAAAUAAAUGUAAGUGUAAUAACUGGGGCUGGAGGGGUCCCUCGCUCCAGGAAUAAACACUAAAUUUCAGGGGUCA